AUGUCACCCCCCACCCCAAGUGAGGCACGAAGGGACACUCGGUUCUCAACGUGGCCUUUCUGCAAAUACGACGCCCAGCCCGAGAUUUGUCACGCAUGUGGGCAAAGCCUGAUUGCUGGCGUGGGAGUGGCGGAUGUUUUGGGUCUAAAAGCUGCUUUGGAGGGACAAAUGCAACUUUCACUGCUGGUCACGGUCAGCACAGUGGAUACGGCCCUCGUCAUCAGCGUGCACUCACGAGCCCAACAUCACACCCGCAUACGCAGACUUGGAGUACUUUCUGCGCGCCGGCAUCAUGCAGCACCAUCGGGUUUUCGGCUGCUGCCAUGGCGACCGGUUGCCAACUUCAUCAGACUUUGGCAACGUGUCGUCUAUGGCUCAGACAUGUUUAAUCCCACGGAGGAAUACGCCAACGCAGCAGGCGCUGAAGAAGCCCAGAUGUACAGCCUAAGGGGGGCCGAGGCUGUGGCCAUGACAGCUGCACAUGUCGUGUGCGACCCACAUCUGACGAGCCAAGUCAAAGAACACUUUGCUGUGGCCAAACUGAAGCAAGACAACUGACGAGAACCCACACCCACCUUAUAACACGGAAAGCGUAACGAGCAGAAUAACGUUAUGCCACAGUGGAUGUCUGCAAGGAUGUACAGUAGUUCACCAUCAAAUAUUCCUGAUAUCGUGAUAUUCUCCAACAUGCAAGCACAACUGCUGAAUGCAGUUACAUGCGACCAAGAGGGUCCGGUCCAGUUCGUCUGGGAACUUCAGGUCUCCAGCUUGUGACCCCGCGACCGAGCCAGCUUCCCGGCGGCAGCCACCAGACAAACGCAGAUGAAGAACACAAGCACAGUAUCCGCCCGCAUGGCUCACAUUCCCCGGAGGAUGGACCUCUCGCUCUCUCUCUCCC